ACCCCUCUAUAGUCUUAACCAACAAUUACGUACAUCACAGAUAUAGUGAUAGAAACAUAUAUAUAUAUAUAUAUACAUACACACACACAAGAGAAAAAGUGUGAUUGGAUAAGAGAACAUGGCACCUUCGACUCUCACGGCUCUAGCGGAGGAGAAGACACUGCAAUCGAGCUUCGUCCGCGACGAGGACGAGCGUCCCAAGGUUGCUUACAACCAAUUCAGCAGCGAAAUUCCGGUGAUCUCUCUCGACGGAAUUGACGACGUCGCUGGCCGGAGAGCGGAGAUUUGCAAGAAAAUUGUGGAGGCUUGUGAGGAUUGGGGGAUUUUUCAGGUGGUUGAUCAUGGCGUAAAUGCAGAGCUUGUCUCGGACAUGACUCGUCUGGCGCGAGAGUUCUUCGCUUUGCCGCCGGAGGAGAAGCUCCGGUUCGACAUGACCGGUGGCAAGAAAGGCGGUUUCAUCGUCUCCAGCCAUCUACAGGGUGAAGCAGUGCAGGACUGGCGCGAGAUUGUAACCUACUUCUCCUAUCCACUUCGGACUAGGGACUACUCGAGGUGGCCGGACAAGCCGGAGGGGUGGAGAGCUGUGACGGAGAAGUACAGCGAGAAGCUGAUGGAGCUGGCGUGCAAGCUCCUGGAGGUGUUAUCGGAGGCCAUGGGUUUGGAGAAGGAGGCCUUGACGAAGGCCUGCGUGGACAUGGACCAAAAAGUGGUGGUGAAUUUCUACCCAAAGUGUCCACAGCCAGACCUCACUCUCGGGCUCAAGCGCCACACCGAUCCCGGGACCAUCACCCUUCUGUUGCAGGACCAAGUUGGGGGACUUCAAGCCACCAGGGAUGGUGGCAAGACUUGGAUCACUGUUCAGCCUGUGGAGGGAGCUUUUGUUGUCAACCUUGGUGAUCAUGGUCAUUAUCUGAGCAAUGGGAGGUUCAAGAAUGCCGAUCACCAAGCCGUGGUGAACUCAAACUACAGCAGGCUGUCCAUUGCCACGUUCCAGAACCCGGCACCAGAUGCAACGGUGUACCCACUGAAGGUCCGGGAGGGAGAGAAGCCGGUGUUGGAUGAGCCGAUCCCUUUCUCGGAAAUGUACAGGAGGAAGAUGAGCAAGGACCUUGAGCUUGCAAAACUUAAGAAGCAAGCCAAGGAGAAACAGUUGCAAGAAACAGAGAAAGCCAAGUUGGAGGCCAAGCCCAUUGAGGAGAUUUUUGCUUAAUUGAGACUCUUUAGCUGUUGCUAUGCUAUUAUAUAUGUCUGAGUCUUAAUUGGUCUUUAUUUGGUUGAUCUUGAUGUUACUUUGUUUCUUUGCUUGACCAAUGUGUUUGGUUCUGAGGACAGACCUGUUGAUCCGUAGGUUGGACUAGCUGGUCUGAUCUUCUGCCCUUGUUCGAUGUUAUGUAAUAUGACCAAAUUAGUAAUUACAUGAAAUAAGUUGUGCCCA